UCUGACUCCCCCUAAUUCAUUUCCUUCCACUACUUUUUUUUCUCUCUAUUCCAUUAAUCACACCCAAAACCCCCCAAUCCGGUCAACUUCAAUCCUUCUCGCGAGCGAUCUUCGAGAAGGACCAUCUCCGGCCACUCUUCCUCGACCAUGAAUCCCGAAUACGACUACUUGUUCAAGCUUCUUUUGAUCGGAGACUCUGGUGUUGGCAAGUCAUGUCUUCUACUAAGAUUUGCUGAUGAUUCUUACCUUGAUAGCUACAUCAGCACAAUCGGUGUUGACUUUAAAAUUCGUACUGUGGAGCAAGAUGGAAAGACUAUCAAGCUUCAGAUUUGGGAUACUGCUGGGCAGGAACGUUUCAGAACUAUAACUAGUAGCUACUACCGUGGUGCACAUGGAAUUAUAAUAGUAUAUGAUGUAACUGACCAAGAAAGCUUCAACAAUGUGAAGCAAUGGUUGAAUGAGAUUGACCGAUAUGCAAGUGAGAAUGUGAACAAGCUCCUUGUUGGAAACAAGUGUGAUCUUGCUGAUAAUAGGGCUGUGCCUUAUGAAACAGCAAAGGCAUUUGCUGAUGAAAUUGGCAUCCCCUUUAUGGAGACUAGUGCCAAAAAUGCAACGAAUGUUGAGCAGGCUUUCAUGGCUAUGUCCGCUGACAUUAAAAAUAGGAUGGCAAGUCAGCCUGCAUCAAACAGUGCAAGGCCACCUACUGUGCAGAUCCGUGGACAGCCUGUUGCCCAGAAGAGCGGCUGCUGCUCAUCUUAGUGGGAAUGGUGUGGAUACUCGUGGGGGUUGGCGGUCAGCUGCAGCCUUGGAAGUGACUUUAUAUUAGUUCUAUUCUUUCAAAUAUAUUUUGAUUGCUAAAGUGGCUGUACAAAUUAUGGGGGACUUGGACAACCUGUUACUCUUAAUAGUUUCCGUUUGUUAUUUUGUUUUAUUUCCAAGUAGUUCAGUCCACAGGUAGCAGUGUCCUAGUGCUUGCAAACAUCUGGUCAGAAGUCUGUGACUUAUUUUGGAAUAGAAUUCUGUAAUAUGUGAUCUGUGUUGGUUUAAUUGGGCUAUAUUCUUUUAAUAAAUUGUUUUCACUUGUGAA